GAGGAAUUUAAAGUAUUUUAUGCGUCGCGUAAACAUAAAGUACCCAAGUGUUUCGAUGUUCCUACAUACACCGUGUAUUGGGGAGGAUAAUGGACGAGAAGGAUGAUCGCGAAUGAUCUAGGAUGCUAUAAGCUGACAAAAAUCGAUCUGGUAGAGGAAGAAACGCAUCGUGGAGGCGCAACAAUGUCGAGUCGCGUCGGUGUCCCGUGAGAGAAGCCAAUGUCGCGCGGGGAGCAACGCGGGGGAGGCAACUCCCGGCAUAGCAUAAAGGUGACUCCUCGCAGCCAAGACCUCCCAUAUGCUACUUAGCGUUCCGUUCGGUUCGGCAAACCUCCUGUCCGCCAACAGAGAGAAGGUGUCCGUUCCUUUCUUCGCCGAUAAGAAUCGUUUGUCGCGAACCGUACGUUCGAUCGAUGUUCGACGUUGCUAUCGGUCUAUUCUCAAAACCGAACCCAGGACUGUCUUUGUCGUGUUUCGAGAAAAAUCCGAGCUAAUCGUUCUCCAAAGACGAACACGAUGACACGAAACGUUCCGUUCCUUUUUCUGGCGUUGUUGUUCCUGUCGAACCGUUUCGACGCGCGUGCUCAUCCGAGCGGUUUCCCCGAAAACGACGACGGCGACGACGAAGAAGUCGCCGACUCUUGGUCCCUGGCUGACUUGAACGACGGAAGCGGGCACGACACUCGUCGAGGCGAAGCUCUGGAGAAAUUGCAACAGGUUCUUGGUAUUCGAAGUCACGGCGAGAAAACGGGACGUCGUAAGAUACCUCCUCAAUUCAUGAUGAAUUUGUACAACAACGUGGCGGAUCCUAGCGGUGUUACGCGAGGCAGAAAUCCGUACAAUGCCAAGGUUGUUCGCAGUUUCAUCGAAAGAGAUACAUCAAUGUCAAGAUUUUACUUUUUCAACAUCACGGGGCUGGAAGUGAACGAAUCCGUGUUGGAGGCUGAGCUUCAUCUCUAUCGUAAGAGGACACCCUUGCACCAUGUUCACGCUCAGAAGUCGAUUUUGGAAUCUCCUUACUAUUUGAUAAGAGUGUAUCAAGUUCUGGACGAGAGGAGUUUGGACGUGCCGGAUCUACAUCGGCUGCUAAACGUCAGAUAUGUUGGCGCAUACGCGUCCGGCUGGCAGAUUUUCAACGUGAAGCAAGCGGUUCUCGCUUGGUUAGCCGGCGAGCCGAAUCUCGGUCUUCUAGUAACAGCCUCCACUUUGCUCGACGACCAAGUGAGCGUGGAGUUUUAUCGCCGCAACGAGUAUCACCACGAGUAUCAUCACGAGUACAGCAAGCAGCCAAUCUUAGUGCUAUUCGACGACGAUGGAAAAAAUCAUCGCGGUGAUAAAAAAACAGUUCCCCGUUACUACACGUAUGGUAACAACAACGAAAUCGAGGGAGAAGUGUCCUACAAUGACGAGGAGGAAAAGAUCGAUUUGAAGAAUGACAAAAGUGUAGAGAAACGGAAGGGUCAGCCGGAAGAAGCUCGGUGGGCAAGCGAGGACAACUCUGAAUUCUUUCAGAGACAAAAAAGAACGCAAGGAGAAGAAUCCGACGCUGUAACAGAGAAACAACACGCCGAAGAAAUAUCCAGAAGACGUAGAGGAAUCUCCAUGGGGAAACUGCACGAAGAAACGUUCCAGGAGACGUUAACCUCCAUGGACAUUUAUAAAAGAGCGAUGCAUCGAGAAACACUUCAGGCAUCGACUUCUCGAUCCAGGGAGGAACAGCGUCGAGACAAACGAGCGAUAAAGAGCCACGCGUCUGUUCAACAAAACGUUACCGAAUGUUCGAGGCACGAGCUGUACGUAGAUUUUAAAGAAAUCGGUCUGUCUUCUUCCAUCAUCGCCCCGGUUGGUUAUUCGGCUUAUCACUGCAAAGGCAUCUGCGAGUCGCCACUGAGCCAGGAUCAGCAGCCAACGAAUCAUGCGACCAUUCAAGGAAUCGUUCACAAAAUGGGACUUGUCAAAGGAGUCGAGAGACCUUGUUGCGUACCCACCAAACUUCUGGACACUACUAUUCUCUUCUUCGACGACCAUGAAAAUGUCGUUUUGAAAAAUUACCAAGACAUGAUCGCGGAUCGUUGCGGAUGUCACUAACGGUUUACCCGCUCUAUCCUUCAACGAGUAAUCCAUGUUAUCAAGGUCAUUUUGAAUGUUACACUAAAUUGUAUUAUUUCGGUCGUUCCGGAUGAAUUGCUAGCUAUCGGAAAUCAAUUCAGUUUCUCAGUAACCGAUGAUUAAAGUCUACUAAUUUCGAUACGACACCGUGUACGGUCGAUCUAUGAAAUUAUCACGAGCUUAUUAUACACAACUUUCUUCCGAUCAUUAUCAGGAAAAUUGUAACCUAAUAUUUUUCGAACCGUGCGAAAAGAGUCGGGUCGAAAGAAGUUACUACGUUCUCUGUCAUGGAGGUCAUUGAUUGAUGGUUCAAAGUUACAUAUAUCUGAAAGAGGAAAGCUUAUACCGAUAAUUAAGAUACCAAACUGACAGUUCAACAUUGAAAAUUAACCUACUAUGACAACCAACGUGUUAACAGACUUCCGGUUGUUAAAGUACCUUGUUGUUCAGAGUUCGCGUGACCAGUUCUGUUCUUUUCCGCCAAUGAAGAAAGGAGAGGCACAUUCUUUCUUCUUUUAGCUUAUCUUUCGCUGAAAAUGUAGUAGUCCGAGGAAGUCACAAUACGUAAAACGUAUUGAAGGAAAGGGGGGAUGUGUGGACGCGUGCAACAAAAUGUGUGUGUGUGUGUGUUAAAGAAUGCAUGUAUCACGUAAAAAAAGAAAAAUGAUAAUUUUACGUAUUAGUACGAGAGUCAUUCCUAGAGAUUCAAGUGACGUCCCAACUUUUGUACAUAAGAACAUUCCUGAAACUGGCGUAGGAUCAUACUUUAUCAAUGAUUAUCACGUGUCUAUAUCGUAUCCUGUAUCGUCAUUAAAUUAUUAUAAUCACACAUAGGGAAUUAGUCGAAUUGAACAUUGUAUAUAAUGAUGUAUCUGAAACGUUAGAGUUAUUUAUAUUUUAAUUACGACAAAUAAAACAAGUAUUUAAGCUGAUCCAAUA